CUAACAAAAAAUCUUAGCUAAAAUCUAGUACUCCUAGAUUGUAUAAUCUUAAUCGAACUAAACAUGUCUCAUCAAACCAAAUCUUUCUCGUUCUCCUAGUCUAUGAUCGAGUCGAGUCGAUCGGACUACUUUACUGCACACGACCCUUCAAACCCGAAAUACCAGCCCUUAAUUCCCCGGUCCUUUUCCCCCAAAUAACAGUAAUUAAGCGGGGACACACACACACCUGACACGCGGCGAUCAAAAAAACCCAACCCCUCCUCUCCUCGCCGCCGCCGCCCAUGGCCAGCGACCGCCGCUACUACUACUUCGAAGAAGACGAUGGCGAUGGCGAGGAGGAGGUGGAGUGGCUGGCGAUGGAGGCCGACGAGGACGACGUCGGCCUGCUCGAGGAGGACGACCUUCACCUGCGGCUUCCCGACGACCGCCCCGCGGAUUGCUGGGCCAUCACACAAGAGUCACUUCCUGCUGCCCAGCAACAAGACCUGUCUAUGGUAAUGAACUUGCUCAACAUAAAGCAGCACCUUGCACGCACACUCCUUAUCCACCACCGGUGGAAGAUGCAUUGCAUUUAUGAUCACCUUGACAGAAAGGGGCGGGACCGCAUGCUCAGUGAGGCAUGCAUUAUUUUGCCGAAGAAUAGCAUGUCAGCAGCUAGCUCAACAAGUGUUACCUGCAAUGUGUGUUUUGAGGACUUCUCAAUGACUGAUGUCUCGACCAUGGACUGUGGGCAUUGCUUCUGCAAUGACUGUUGGACAGAGCACUUCUUUGCAUCCAUUAAUACUGGCAACAAGCAGAUUCGGUGCAUGGAGGUUAAGUGCAAGGCCAUUUGUGAUGAGGACAUUGUGCGCCGCCUCCUCAGUCUGAAGUACCCUGCUGCAUCUAAGCGCUUCGAUCUCCUCCUACUUGAGUCUUACCUUGAGGACAAUGACUCAGUGAAGUGGUGCCCCAGUGCCCCACACUGUGGCCGCGCAAUCCAGGUAGGCACCGGCGAGAGGUACUGCGAGGUCGCUUGCCCCUGUGGUGUCAGCUUCUGCUUCAACUGUGCAGGGCAGGUGCACUCGCCUUGCCCAUGUGCCAUAUGGGAGAAGUGGAAAGCUAAGGGCCAUGGAGACUCGGAUAGCGUCAAGUGGAUUCUUGCCAACACCAAGAGCUGCCCCAAGUGCUCCAAGCCCAUCGAGAAGAACGGUGGCUGCAACCUUGUCCAUUGCAAGUGCGGCCAGUGUCUAUGCUGGCUCUGUGGUGGGCCUACCGGGAGGGAGCACACUUGGGAUAGCAUCUCCGGCCACAGCUGCAACCGCUACAAGGAGGAAAACGGCGACAAGGUGGACACCAGCAGACAGCAGAUGCAGCGGUACACGCACUACUGGGACCGUUACAACAUCCACGCCGGCUCGUACAAGGUGGAGCAGAAGGAUCUUGGGCCUGCCGUCGAGGAGCAGGUGAAGAAGCUGGAGUCGAACCUAACAGGUCCGAAGAUGAACUGGGACGGUAGCUGGCUCGCCAUGGCGUACCAAUCCCUGCUCGCAUCGCGGCAGGUGCUGUCGCGGUCGUACGCCUUCGCCUACUACAUGUUUGGCGGCGGCGAGGUGAAGACGCACCCGUCGGAGCGGGCGAGCCUCGCCGUGGCGCAGAACCUCUUCGAGGACCGGCAGGAGCAGCUGGAGCGCCACGUUGAGCAUCUCUCCAAGGAGCUCGCCACGGACUUGCUGGGGCUGCCGGAGGAGGAGAUCGUCCUGAAGAAGGUGGAGAUUGCCAACCUCGCCAAGAUCGUCCAGGCAAUCUGCGGGCAGUUGUACAGGUGCAUCCAGGACGAACUCCUGCCACUGCUCGUCCAGCCCAUGAACAUUGCCGCGUACCAGCCGGACGGCCCUGACAAGGCCAAGGAGUUCAUCGGGGCUUGACAUACAGACAAGGCUAGCUUCCAGUUUGGCAGCUGCCGCUAACCUCACUGUGCUUAUCAGGUAAGUUAUAUAUAUAUAUGUGUGUGUGUGUGUGUGUGUGUGUGUGUGUGUGUGUGUGUGUGUGUGUCAGUAUGUAGAUUUGACUUACUUACGCCUGAGCGAAGGACGUAAUGUUCAUUCGAAAUUAAAGUGCUAUACUUGCCUUA